AUGCGGGUGGGGGGCCGUGAGAGGCUGCUGUGGCGUUGCGUGCGCCGGGGGAUAGGAGGCCGCGCUGAUUUCCUGCCAGGGUUCUCUAUUUUGGGCAGGGGGAUGUUGGCGCAGGCCCUUCUCCCCAGCUCUAGACGUCGCCACUGCCGUCCGGGUAGCCUGGUAAGCUCGGCCAUCCUCUGCUUCAGAUUUAACAGCGAGUCCCAGCUGUUCCGGCGCGAUAGGAGUGCUCGAGUGCCCUGGACCGCGUAUUUCCCAGCUACUUGUACCCUCGAAAAGACUAGGGUCCAGGACCUACGAGGGACGCAAGCCGGGACGCCGACCGGGCAGACGGGAGCGGGGCCGCUGGCGGUUGUACGAGGCCACGCGCUCGGUGCGCGUUGGGCGAGCUGCAGUGGGGCGACAGCGCGCGCGGGAAGCGCCACGGGGAAGCCAGCGGCUCCUCAGCGCCGCGCGUCAUGGCAUCUCGGUUCCCCAUACUCGCCCAGUCAGGCCUCCCGAGACUUUGCGUGCUCGACGGAAAGGGUCCGGGCCUUGAGGCCGCCGCUUCACUCAGAAGUCGAGCGGCGGCCGCGCGCCAUUGGCCUGGCCGGCUGCCUCCGCCCCCUUCCCGCGCUGCUGGCAGAGGCGGACGGCAGCACGCGCGCCCUGCAGGAACCCCUUCGCCCGCCUGGAUUCAAGCCGCCGGCGCCGCGGAGCACCCCCGACGGCGCCGCCCGCUGGCAGCGGAGGCCGGGACCCGUGAGUGUCGAGGGCCCUCGUAGUGGACUCGGCUGUGAAUUGGGGCAAGUUCUGGGGUUCGGGCGAAACGGGCGCGGAGGCAGUGGCCGCCGCGUAUCGGGGCCCAGACCGGGAGGGGCUGCUCUGAGAGGCGGGCUCUGUGGGAAGUGCGCCCCGCGGGCGGCCGCGUCGGCCGGUCCUGAGGGAAGCGGAGGUGCAGACACGAAACAAGCGAAGCGCCGACCUAUUAAUUGGGGGGCAUGUGAAUGCCCGCACUUGGCAUUUAUUGAGGAACGUGGGUCGGGUGAAGCUCAGCGCCUCUUUAAAGCAAACCCCAGCAUCGUUUACGAUUUAAAAGCCCCAUUUUUCCCUCCUCAGUGUUUAGAUUCUAAUCAAGAAAAUGAUUUGCUCUGGGAAGAGAAGUUCCCCGAAAGAACAGCCGUGGCCGAGUUACUCCAGACUCCACAAGUAUCAUUCUCCAAAUCUGAUAUUCCAUCCUCAGAAAGUACUGAGUUACCUGUGGACUGGAGUAUUAAAACUCGACUCCUUUUCACCUCUUCUCAACCCUUUACCUGGGCAGAUCAUUUGAAAGCACAGGAAGAGGCUCAAGGUAUCAUCCAGCAUUGUAGGGCAACAGAAGUUACUUUGCCUCAAAGUAUACAGGAUCCCAAACUCUCCACUGAGCUCCGAUGUGCCUUCCAGCAGAGCCUUAUCUACUGGCUCCACCCUGCCUUUCCUUGGCUACCUCUGUUCCCUCGCAUUGGAGCUGAUAGAAAAAUGACUGGAAAGAUAAGCCCUUGGUCAAAUGAUGAAACCUUGCAACACAUUUUAAUGAGUGAUUGUGGCCGCUUCCUUUCUCAGCAGAAGCUGCUCAGAGAAAGUCAGCACCCAGUUAACAAGUCUGUGAGCUUCACUUCUCUAUAUAAUUUGCUGAAGACAAAACUUUGCCCAUAUUUCUACGUUUGUACCUAUCAGUUUACUAUCCUGUUCCGUGCAGCAGGCUUAGCAGGAAAUGAUGUAAUCACAGCUCUCGUGUCUCCGACAACUAGAGGAAUAAGAGAAGCUAUGAAAAAUGAAGGUAUUGAAUUUUCUCUGCCGUUAAUAAAAGAAAAUGGCUAUCAGAAGAAAAAGACAUCUGGAACAAGCUUGGGAAAUGGAGAGGAACAAGUAAUCAGUGAUGAUGAUGAAGAUGAAAGUUUUUCCUGGCUGGAAGAGAUAGGUGUGCAAGAUAAAAUUAAAAAACCAGACAUACUCUCUAUCAAGCUACGCAAAGAGAAACGUGAAGUGCAAAUGGACCACAGACCUGAGUCUGUUGUGUUGGUGAAGGGAAUGAACACCCUUACAUUGCUGAAUUUUUUGAUAAACUCUAAGAGUUUAAUUGCAAGCUCAGGCCCACAGGCAGGACUUCCACCAACCCUCUUAUCCCCUGUAGCUUUCCGAGGUGCCACAAUGCAAAUGCUUAAGGCACGAAGUGUAAAUGUGAAGACACAAGCUGUUUCUGGAUACAAAGAUCAAUUUAGUUUGGAGAUUACAGGUCCUAUCAUGCCUCAUUCUCUACAUUCUGUGACCAUGCUACUCAAAUCUUCACAGAAUGGGUCAUUUUCUGCUGGACUGUAUACACAUGAGCCAACUGCUGUAUUUAAUAUCUGCCUGCCAGUGAAUAAAAUACUGGAUAAGGAGACACUUCAGGAGGAGCUUGGUAACUGUGGGUUGCACCCUAAGACUCUGGACCAACUUAGUCAAAUACCAACACUGGGAAAAUCAUCUUUACGGCUUGUGGAAUUGAGUGACUUCGUUUAUAAUUGGAGAUCCUAA